AUGCCCAAAUCAUCAAAAGAAGAUGAACGAGUGUUGAAAAAGUUUGUGGAAGAGCUGAAUCGAGCAAGCUCGGAAGAGGAGGAAAAGAAGAAAUCCUCUUCAUCAUCGACUCUAUCUAAAUAUUUAAAUGCUGCUCCAAAGUUUGUUAAGAGCGGAAUUACUCAAAUUGGAGAUCGGAUUGAAACAACAAACAACAAAACUGAAAAUUCGGCAAGCUCGGAAAAGUCAUUGUAUCAACCUCAGUUUGCUUAUCAAGACGUUUCUUUGAUGAAAGAAGAAGAGAAACAAAACAAACAAGAUUCCGAUGACGCAUCGAGUAAAAAGAGAAAAGCAAAUAUUGAUGAAUUUUUGGACGAAUUAUCGAAUCAAACGACCCCUAAAAAGACUAAAAGAAAGAGUGAUACAACACAACCUGGUUAUUUGAAAAUUACUAAUGUGAACGUGGGAAUUUCAGAACAAAAUUUUAAAAAAGAAUUUUCAAAGUUUGGACGAAUAACUAAUAGUUGUUUGGAGCCAUCAAGUGGUACUGAUGUGGUCACUUGUUUUUUGGAAUUUAGAAAGACAUAUGAUGCUGAAUGUGCAAUGCAUGCUCUUCAGAAAAAGAAAAUUUGUGGCCAAUCACAGAAUAUUCAAAUAACGUGGUGUUCAAAUGAAGAAAUUGAUGAACUUCAAAAAAAGUUUCAAAAGCAUUUUGACGAAACUACCAAAGCUGAUUUUGUUAAAAUGUUGACUGAUUUGGACACUAGACGGCAAACCAUUAUGAUUGUGAUGGGAUUUUGCUUGGAUUAUCAAAAUAAUGCGGAGGACAUUAUUGAACUAUUUAUGAAGAAUGUCUUCUCUGCGGCAGCCAAAAAAAGUACUUCUUUCACGAAAAAGCUUGCUUGUCUUUAUGUAUUCAAUGACAUUCUUUCCAAUCAAAAAUAUGGUCCAAAAUAUCAGACUUUGAUCGGUGAUCGUAUGCUUGGAAUUUUGCAAUCGACUUUAGAUUCGGCUGACAAAGAACAACGAGAAAAGGUUGUGAAAAUUUUGGAAUUGUGGAAAGAGAAGGCUUUCUUUUCAGAUUCGAAAAUUCAGGGAUGGAUGGCCAUCAUUUAA